AUGAAGCCAUCUCUUCUCCUCUAUAAAGACAUCUAUGAAGACAUCUAUGAAGCCAUCUCUUCUCUCUAUAAAGACAUCUAUGAAGCCAUCUCUUCUCUCUAUAAAGACAUCUAUAGGCUAUCUCUUCUCUCUAUAAAAAAAAGAAGACAAAUGAAGCCAUCUCUUCUCUCUAUAAAAGAAAACUAUGAAAUAUCUCUUCUCUCUAAAAAGACAUCUACAUCUGUGAAGCCAAUCUCUUCUCUCUAUAAAGAAGACAUCUAUGAAACCAUCUCUUCUCUCUAUAAAGACAUCCUCUGUAAGCCAUCUCUUCUCUCUAUAAAGACAUCUAUGAAGCCAUCUCUUCUCUCUAUAAAGACAUCUGUAAACCAUCUCUUUCUCUAUAAAUACAUCUAUAAAGUCAUCUCUUCUCUCUAUAAAGACAACUACAAACCAUCUCUUCUCUCUAUAAGAAGACAUCUACAAAAAGCCAUCCCUUCUCUCUAUAAAAGACAACUGGGCCAUCUCUUCUCUCUAUCUAAAGCCACAUCUAUAAAGAAGCCAUCUCUUCUCUCUAUAAAGACAACUAUAAAAGCCAUCUCUUCUCUCUCUAAAGAACAUCCUUGGCCAUCUCUUCUCUCUAUAAAAACCAUCAAGCUAUCUCUUCUCUCUAUAAAGACAUCUGAAGCCAUCUCUUCUCUCUAUAAGGACAUCUAUGAAGCCAUCUCUUCUCUCUAUAAAGACAUCUAUAAGCCAUCUCUUCUCUCUAUAAAGACAUCUGUGAAGCCAUCUCUUCUCUCUAUAGACAACUAUGAAGCCAUCUCUUCUCUCUAUAAAGUCAUCUAUGAAGCCAUCUCUUCCUCUAUAAAGACAACAAAUGACCAUCUCUUCUCUCUAUAA